AUGGGUGGGAGCAACUGCGCAGGAGCGUCACCCAAGAAAGUGGCGGCACUGGGAGGCGUACUGACGUCUAUCACGAGUUGUCUGGGAGGUUCUCGUAUUGACGACAGUCCAAGAAACAUCGAACUGAUGCAUUACUUCCUGGACUUUGUGGCUCCUAACUUGGUCUCAAUCGAAGGAAACUACAUGCCUCCCCUCUUUCGGGCGCAAAUGCUCCCGUGGAUGAUGCAGUCACAGCUGUUUCCCAAAAUCGGCAUACUAAUGGCUUCGGUUUUCCAAGCCUUUGAACGGGGCUAUGAUGCUGAAAGCCACCCGGAGCCGCUAGCUAUCAAAGGCAAAGUGUUGGGAAUGAUCAACCGAACUAUCGGGAGCGGAGUAUAUGAGUUGGAAGACGUGGUGAGGUCAAUCAUCAACUUGGCUGUUAUUGAGUGGCUUUGGGGUAAAGAGGAGGGCCUUUUGGCGCAUUUGAGAGGGCUCAAAUACCUCGCUCAGCCGUACCCAAAGUCACAGCAAGCUAAUGGUAAACUGAUUGUCAGGGUGGAUCACGCUGUGGCCGUUACUUACGAACGUGACCUCCUCAUACACGACCGCAAUGGCCCUCAACCUGAACAUGUGCCUGUCCCUAGCAUACCGAUUCCCUUCUUGUCGCCCCUACUGCCCGACCUUCGUAUAUCUUUCCUGCAGAGCACGGAUGCUCUCGGCUUGACAUUGACUGCGGCUGACAUGUUGAGCCAAGUCCUCCGUCUGACGGCAAUGAUCAUCGAACCAUUCUUCGAACCGUAUCCAGGAUCGGAGCAGGUUGGCCCCGUUUCCAGCACCGACAUAAGGGCCAUAGCAUUCCGUCUUCACGGGGCCUUGGCCUCGGCAUCUCCUGAGCCUGAUCUCGUCACGCAAACUAUCCAGCUCUGUGCCCUGAUACUGACCGCCUCCAUCUCAACCAUGCAACCCAUCUCCGUCGUCAAGACCGAGGCUCAGUCGCAAACUCUGUACGAGAACAUCCUCGCCGUUGGUACAAAAGGGUGGAAAGAGGUUCCUGGCAUCUUCCUCUGGAUCCUGUUGGUGGCUACGCCGCAUCCCAAGACCCCGCCUCGAGAGGUGCUGGCAACGGGUGCCGUGACCAGAUGGGAGCUCAAGAAGAAGUAUCUGGUGCGCAAGAUGUCGACGGCUUCGCAGGUUAUCUCGCAGGAGCAUUUUCCGUUGGGUAUUGCAUAUAUGAGGGGGUUCUGGGCGGUUCAGAGGUUUGUUGUUGAGCGAGGGAGGGAGGAGACAACUCGGGGAAGUGAGUGGAAAGGGAGUCGGAACAGGAGUGGGAACGGGAGUGAGAGUGAGAGUGAGGGAACCCAUGACGACGCUCAUUCGAAUGCGCCGAACUUGGUCUAUGAGGAUGAUGUAAAUGCAAAUGCAACACAUCCAACCCAGCCACAAACGCUGAUUUCAACCCCGCUAGGAUUGGACUCGGCGGCCUGUGGUUCCCACUCCCACUCCCACUCUCUGCUGCGCCAGGAGAACUAG